AUGGAUCUCCUUAAAGGAAUUGAUAAUAAUGAAGAAUCAGAAAUGAAAAGAAUCCUCAAACGGAGGAAUAGUUCUCGACUAAAGUGUCGAUGUAUAACUGGUAUUUUUCAAACUAUCUCAGAACUGGAACCUGUGAUAUACAAGUGUUUAGAGCACCUACAAAAUAGUUUCAAGGAUGAACUUCAGGAACUGGAUGAUACUUUAGCUUUCAAGAUUAUUCAAGAUCGUGGAUGUAGAAAGUUGAUUAGGUAUUCUAAUAUAUGGGCAAGUUUAAAUAAAACAUUCAAUACAGAAUUCAACUUCAAAGAAUUUAAAGGUGUUUGUACAAGAUAUUUUUCGUCCACCUUAAAUUGGUCUAGAAAUAAGCCACCAAAAAAGACAGAUUCUACUCAGAACUCAGAAGCAGAACUAAAACAAGAAUCUGAAUGUUUUGCAAAAGAACUUAGAUAA